GAAAAAGUCAAUAAAUGUGAUCGUGUUCUUAUUCUCCGACCCUGUCCCAAAGUUGAUACCUUCAAUAUCAAAGCAGUAAAUGUUUCAUAAUUAUACUAAAAUUGUGAACAUUCUAUGCGCAAGUAUAAGAGUUAUAAAACAAAUUUGAAGAUACUAGAAUAUUCUCGACAAAACAGGCAGGCCGGAGGUUAUGUUUAUAUCUUUUGUAUUUUCUUUGGGUAAACGUAGUGUUUUCUUAUAAAUAAUCUAAUCAUGUCGAACGUAUUCGGUUUGCUAGUGUCUGGGAGACUGGUGCAGACGGACUUCACGCAGAUAUCGGAGACGCAGUUCCUGGUGACGAUCCCGGAGGCGGACGCGAUCAACCACGCGGCCGUGUUCCUGACGGGCGUGUCGCCGCUGCCGCUGGGCACGGCGGGCAUGGUGUACUGGAGCUGGCCCGACCCCUCGGCGCCGCCCAACUGGCAGCUCCUCGGGCACAUAUCCAACUCGAAGCCCUCUGCUAUAUUUAAGAUAGGAAGCCUGAAAAAGUUACAUGAACUCUCAGAGGAAAACAAAUUCAGCAGUACAUUUGGAGCACAGAAGAUUUGUCAUAAUGCCCAGAUUGGCAUCUCCAUAGAACCAGAAGACAAUAUACAAUUAUUAGCUUCUUCAAUUGCAAUUCAAACAAACUCUAAUAUAACAUUUGCACAAAAAAUGUUAGAGAGCUUAGUAAACUACGUAGCCUCGUUCUCCGUGACACAAGACCAGAUGACCCCGACCCCCGGCGUGUCGUACAUCCCCCUCAACACGCUGCACACGUGGUACCAGAACUUUGAGCGACGGCUGCAGCAGAAUCCCAACUUCUGGAAAGACUAACUAGUUUGUAAUGUAAGAUGUUUUAAAGUUGAAUUAAGCUUAUUUUUAAGAAUGAAAUGUUUUCCCUAAAUUAUUUUUCACAAAUAAUACCCUCAUUGUGAUGUGAUAAACAGUUUAUAAGUUUCCAGGGUUGUGACCUUGUUACGAUCCACACAGUUCCAUCAAUAGACUAGUUACAUUCCUCGUUUUGUAUCCCGAGAGGAAAUAUUUGAACUUCAAAUUUCUUUAUACAUAAUAUUUUUUAACAUGCUGCUUCCAUCAGCAUUGCAACCUAUCUUAAAAAGUAAUGCCUUGUCUGGAAGAAAUUUUCACCAUCUGCUACUGCUCAGGGAAAAAUAAUUGUAGACUCUAUGAAUCUUUUCAGCAGGAGAUAAUGGAUUUUUCACUUUUGUCUUGAUUGUACCAUUUAAGGUCACAAGCUUUUAUUUGCUAGCAAGACAAAAAUAUUUCAAUGUCAUCUCUAUGAAUUAUGGCCUCAUUAAUUAAAUACAGGGCCAUACUUGUGCUUAUGUAUAGUAUUGAUUUUGUGUAGGUAAAUUGUAUCCAUAAGUCUGAUUUGAUUUCAUGGAUGAAUCUUUUGUGCAUAAUACUUCAAACUAAACUAAGAACUAGUAUGUGCGUUCCCUUCGAGAGGCCACUGUGGAAAACGAAGGUUUCGUAUACAUAAAGAUUUAGCAGGACCUCUAAAACAAAUGUAGCCAGAAUGAUAAAUUUGUAGGUGUUGUAAGUUGGACGCUACAACCUGCCGAAUGUGGUCCCUCAGAUGAACUAUGUCAAAUACGAAAUUACUGAAUCUGACCAAAUAAGAUGAUUUUGAUGAAUGGUAAUAUUUAGGAGGUAAAUCGUAGGGCUACAUACGAAAAUAAAGAGCUCUGGAUAGUUACUGCAAAUAAAGAAAAUCUAAUCAAACGAUGGGCCAUCAGUUCUUCAGUGCACAAAUUUUACUUUAAUGCUACAAAUUGGAACUUAAGACUAAGUUUCUUUGGUAAGGUUUUAAUUUUAGCAGAAGUAGCCACAAUGCUACCCUGAGAGUACAGGGUUUAUAUAUUCUACUAGUACAGAAUAAAAGCUCUAGUAAAGUGAGCCCUCGGAACACACGCUAAAAAACAAUUCCAUGAGAAAUAUCUCGCCCAACUCAUUGUUUAAUAAAAAUAGUUUACAGCAUUAAUAUGUACAAAAUUUGCAGUUUAAAAUUGUAUUCAAAUAUUAUUGCUAUAUAAAGUAUUUAAAGAAAUAUCUUGCUUCUUAAAUUCUCCGUAAUGAUUUUGUGUAUGUUAACCACAUUGUCGAUUUUUUAGGAAACUCAAAACAAAAGUAUAAGUACGAGAAUACCUAGAUUCUGUACGAUUGCCUAAGAGGUAUUUUGAGAUAAAUCCGAGUCUAUUGAUUAUUUUAAUUUUAAUUAAAUACGACGUAAGUAAAAAUUAUUUUAUUUAAAGUGCCUACGCAUUGUGUGAUACGGAAUAGAUUUAGAGCUGUGAUACAACAAAAUCGAUUAUUGCCGCGGUUCAUUAAUCAAUAGCAGUGAAUCGUUCGUUCGUUUCAGCCAAACGUCCACUGCUGGUCAAAGGCCUCCCCCAAGGAUUUCCACAAUGGCCGGUCCUGUGCCGCUCGCAUCCAGGUACCUCCCGCUACCUUCACCAAAUCGUCGGUCCAGUGGGAGGCCUGGCCACGCUACGUCCUCCAGCUCGUCGUCGCCACUCAAGACCUUUCCUGCCCCAGCGGCCAUCAGCUCUACGAGCUAUGUGCCUCAGCCAAGCUGCCACUUGAUUUUAGCGAUUCUGCGGGCUAUGUCAGUCACUUGGGUUCUCCUACGAAUCUCCUCAUUUCUGAUUCGAUCACGUAGGGAAACUCCGAGCAUAGCUCGCUCCAUCGCCCUUUGGGUGACCUUGAGCCUUCAUGAGGCCCAUAGUAAACGACCACGUUUCAGAUCCGUAUACCAUCACUGGCAACACACACUGGUCAGUCUUAAGACACUGCGGUAUUUCGGACGUGAGAAUAUCGCGAAGCUUCCCGGCGGACGCUGCCCAGCCGAGUUGAAUUCGACGAUUGAGUGAAAAUCGCUCUGUAUGGUGAUUUUGUUAUCAGUACCUACACUUUUUUUUAUUAUGCUUUAUCUAUAGAAAUACACUCAACAUCAAAUAAACCGCACCUUCGGCGACUCGAACUUU